AUGAAGGGUGGGGGAGCGUUCCCCUCCCUCGACUUGGCGGAUCUGCAGAAGGAGCUGGAUAAAAGCCAGAGCGUGUUCCCCGAGAACCCCUCCGUCUGGGUGAAGGACCUGGCCGGCUAUCUCAACUACAAGCUGCAGGCGCCCAGGAGCGACCCCAUGCUCAGCCAGCACCCCCACGACUACCCGUACUGCCUCGUGAGCAAGGAGCUGAAGAACAUCAUCAGGUCCCUGCUGGGAAGGUCGUCCAGCGUGCUGGAGCUCUUCUUCGACCACUGUAUUUAUACCAUGCUACAGGAGCUGGACAAAACCCGAGGGGAGUCUUUGCACGGGUACAGGAUCUGCAUCCAGGCGGUGCUUCUGGACAGGCCCAAAAUCGCCACGAUGAACCUGGGGAAGUUGCUGCUUGCGGACCUGAGGAGCGCUCGCGCCGAUGGAAGGAACACACUGUGCGGCCGGGGAGCGCUCGUGUGGCUUGGCGUCAUGCUCCCAGUGCUCGGGAUCAAGUCUCUCUCCCCGUACGCCGUUGCCUACCUGGACCGUCUGCUGAUGAUGCACCCGAACCUGACCAAAGGCUUCGGUAUGAUCGGACCUAAGGACUUCUUCCCACUUCUGGACUUUGCCUUCAUGCCCAACAACUCGCUGCCGCCCAGCCUGCAGGAGCAGCUGCGGCGGCUCUACCCUCGCCUGAAGGUGUUGGCGUUCGGCGCGAAGCCGGAGACGGCGCUGCACACCUACUUCCCCUCCUUCCUCUCCCGAGCUACGCCCAGCUGCCCUCCCGGCAUGAAAAAAGAGCUCCUGACCUCCAUGAGCCAGUGCCUGAGCCUGGACCCCCUAAGCUUCAGCGUCUGGAGGCAGCUGUACACCAAGCACCUCUCUCAGUCCAGUUUGCUUCUGAACCAUCUGCUGGAGUCCUGGGACAGCAGCAGCAAGAAGGUAGGAGUGAGCUGUAGAAAGGAGGAAAGUUACGUGGGGUGGGGAGACAACGUACCUGUGCUGCUGCGGGAGGUCCCUGUACGAGCAGCGUCCCCGUGGGACCUGUGUGUGCCCACCCAGCGCUGCUCCGGCACGUCGGCAGCUCGGCGGGUCCGCUGGCGGGGGCAUGUGCCUGCCACGCUUGAGAGCCGGCACUUUGUCCUGGGAACAGGCAACACGCUGCCCGCGGGCAGGGCGUUUUAUUUGCUCGCUGACGGAGAGGAGAGCCCCCUUUCCCUCGACGUGCUGCGUCGGGACUCGGAUAUUCCAGAUUCAGCCCCCGUUAGGCCUUGCUGUUCUGGUGCUGUGACGAGUGGGGAGGUCGCGCUGGCCGCGGCUCAGUGUCCGCAGAGGAGCAGCACAGCUCCUGCGGCUCUGGCGCGACGGCUGGCUGGGUCGGCCGAGGCACUUGGUCUCAGUGCGGGAGCCUCGGAGCAGGAGCUGCUGUGCAAGAUGAAGGGCCGGGGCUUCCCCUGGUCGCGGCUGCUGCUCGUCCUCCUGGUCUUCGCGGCCGGCUUCCUCCUGCACGAUGUCCGGACGCACGGCUCCUUCCAGGCCUCCUCUUCUGCUCGCCUGCUUCGUUCCUCUGGCGUCCUGCCGGCCUCGCAGCAAGCCUGGCAGAAGGUCUCCCACUGCUGCCUCGAAGGGUACAGCUGUUGA